UUUACAAAUUUUUCCUUUGUUGUCAGUAAAAAGAGAAGAAAAAAGUUUUUUUGUUGUUUUUUUAAACAUUAUCAAGUGAAGCAACAAAACCGGAUCGAAGAAGGUCAAACGUUCUGAGGAUAGCCGCAAUGAAAAUAUUUUAAUCCAUCUUUAAAUAUUAAAUAUUACUGUAAAUCUAAUCCCUUAACUUUACUAAGUUAAAUUAACUUUUAAAACUACUCAAAGGUCAAAUACUUUAAUAAGACGCUUUUGGCAUAAUUACUUCAAUUCCCCGCCUUCUUCAGGUCAAAUUCAGGUCUAAUUUAUAACCAAGAAUGAGGACGCAAACAAGCCUUUCCUUUCAUUUUCUGUGAUGACUUUUACGGGUGAAAUUAUAGUAAUUGGAUACCGAUAAAAUGGCUAGCAUAGGAACGAAAAUAGUUCAGUUUUGGUCAGACUUCGUGAGAGUCAUACUGACUCUGACAUGGCCUAUAUCAGAUUAUGUCUUGGAUUUUAUUUACCAAAUCUUCAUGGGUAAAACAAAAGUCCUACCUCCAAUUGACAAUAGAAUUCUUCUUAUGCCGGCCACAAAACUAGCAGAAAAAAUUCGUCGAAAACAGUUAUCAUGUGAAGAAGUUAUGAAAGUUUACAUCGAACGAUCAAAACAAAUUCAUCCGUUCAUAAAUGCAGUUGUGGACGAAAGAUACGAUGAAGCACUAAAAGAAGCUCAAGCAGUGGAUGAAUUUCUGUCCACUUCAAAGAAAUCAGUGGAUGACAUAGCAAAAGACACCCCACUUUUAGGAGUACCAUUUUCAUGUAAAGAAGCCAUUGGAGUCAAAGAUCUUCUAAUUACUCUUGGGAUGGUAUGCUUCAAGACUCGUAGAGCUGAAAAGGACUCUGACGCUGCUGCUUUGUACAGAAAAGCUGGCGCUAUACCCUUGACAAUCACAAAUAUUCCAGAAUCUUGCAUGUGGUGGGAAAGUGCCAAUCAUGUUUAUGGUAUGACGAAGAAUCCAUACGACAAUGCAAGAACAGUUGGUGGCAGUUCUGGAGGAGAAGGAUCCCUUAUAACUUCAGCGGGUGCUGUUAUUGGCAUUGGAAAUGACCUUGCUGGCAGCAUUCGAAUUCCAGCUUCUUUUUGUGGAAUUUAUGGACACAAACCAACAAGAGGAAUUGUUUCGAAUAAAUUAGCAUUUCAAGAACCACCAGAAACUGAAUGUUUUGGUCAGUUCAUCAGCACAGGGCCAAUGUGCCGUUAUGCCGAAGAUUUGCCGUUGCUGACUAGAGUUUUGGCAAACAACCAUGAAAAUGUUCGAUGGAAUGAUAAAAUUGAUUUUUGUAGAGUGAAAUUUUAUUACAUGGAAGAAAUACCUGGUCUACUAACAGGAGCAAUUCCAGAAGUCAAAGAGUCUAUUAAAAAAGCUGUUAAACACUUUGAAGAACAGUACGGAGUCAGAGCAGUUAAAGUUAACUUAAGUGAAAUGAAAUACGCCAUGCAAAUGUGGGAAUGUAAAUUACUAGAAGCUGGAUCACCAUCAUUCAAGUCUUUGAUAGCCGGCAUUUAUGGCCACAUAAACUUAUAUUGGGAAGCGAUUAAGAAUGUAUUCCACUGCUCACCACACACUUUACCUGCUAUUUAUUUCGCCAUGGUAGAUAGACGAGACAAAGAUGACUUCUACUUCAAAUGCCUUAAGAAAUACGACGAUCUUAAAAGUAAAUUCGAAGACAUUCUCCAAGGAGACUCCAUCUUUCUAAUGCCAACUCACCGUGAAACACCACCCCAUUAUUUAAUGACUAUACCCAAAUAUAAAAACAUUGGAUAUACGUCAAUAUUUAGCAUUUUAGGAUUUCCAUCAACUCAAAUACCAGCUGGUUUGUGCAAUGGCCUUCCUAUAGGAAUACAGGCCAUCAGUAGACCUUAUGGUGACCACCUAACUAUAGCCACAGCUCUUGAAUUAGAUCAAGUGUUUAAUGGUUGGAUUUCACCUUGUCCAGUUAGUGUGUAAAUAGACUAUCAUAAAUGUGGAAUUUUUCAUACAAGAACUUCAACAAACAAAACAAUGUCUCAACAGAUCAUAUUAAUUAUGGAUUCCUUUUAAGCUUUGAAACAUGGCUAAUUAUCAAAUUUUUCAUACAAGAACUUCAACAAACAAAACAAUGUCUCAACAGAUCAUAUUAAUAAUGGAUUCCUUUUAAGCUUUUAAACAUGGUUAACUGUCGGAAAUUUUCGAUUCAACAGCUAUUAUUACUACAAAAAGUGCUUGAAUAAAAUAAAUAUUCACCUCCUA